CAUUCCCUGUGGGUAAUAUUUUGUUUUCAUCAGCGAGUGGCUCCCAAGCGGGUUGAGGUUGUUCCACCUCUACUUGGCUCUCCUGUAAUCUCCCAGGGUCCCUUGAAGUUUUCAAAUAUGGCUGCAACAGUUGCUGCCCACAAGCACUUGAGCCACGGCUGCCGCAGUAGUGAGUCUAAAUAUGUUGUCAAAGAGUACUCCAGCUCUGAAGAAAUUGCGGAAUACAAACAUCAUUUCACAAAGACAAUCCAGGACGUGCUGCACAAGAAGAUGCCAGAGAAACAUAUACGUGAGGGGUCCAUGAUCAGGGGCCCCAGCUUCACGGUUAGGUUGAGAUCCCACACAGUGUUCGAGAACACACCAAUAAAACUGUUCUGCACUGUGCAUGGAUAUCCAACUCCCAUUGUCAAAUGGUAUAAAGAUGAUGUCCUCCUUGACCUUUCAUCCGGAAAAUACCUAGUGGACGGCAAUGCUGGAGUCAACACCCUUCUGAUCAGCAAAUGUGCAAUUGCGGACACUGCUAUGUACACUGCUGUUGCGUCCAACUCUCAUGGACAGGCCUCCUCUCAAGCCUCCAUUAUUGUAAAGAAAUUCAAGGAAGAAGAGGCUUCUUGUCCUUAUGCGUGGACACCCUAUGAGUUCGCCAUUUUGCCUGAGAUCAAAUACACAAAGAUUACAAUUACCUUCCUGGAGACUUUCAAAGUGACUUUUGCAAAGGAAGGGGACAGCGUCACCAUGGCUUGUAAGAUGACCAUUAGUCCAAAUCUUGCCAACCUGCAGCCUGAAGCACUGUGGUACAGAGAUGAGCACCUUUUGAAGGAAUCAAAGUGGGUGAAAAUGGAGUCCGGCGGAGGUGUCGCUAAGCUCACCCUUCCCCAGCUCUACAAGGAUGAUGAGGGCGUGUACACCCUCCGCAUGGUGACAAAGGGGGGCGAUGCCGUGCACAGCGCCUACCUCUCUGUAGAAGACGGUCCCCCACCAGUUCCUCAGGCACCUGGGGCUCCGAUGGACAUCAAGAUCCAUGAUGCCAACAGAGAUUAUGUCAUUGUGUCAUGGAAGCCUCCGAACACCACCACUGAAGGCCCCAUCAUCGGAUACUUUGUAGACCGAUGUGAGGUUGGCACUGAGAACUGGACACAGUGUAACGACUCCCCCAUCAAGAUCUGCAAAUACCCAGUGUCCGGCCUGUUUGAGGGACACUCCUACUACUUCCGGGUCAGAGCCGUCAACUCUCACGGCAUCAGUAGGCCUUCCAGAAUGUCCGAACCUAUCGCUGCUUUGGAUCCGACCGAAUUUGAUAGACUUCAAGUCACAAAGUUGGGCGGCAAACUUGAUGUUGUGACUUACAUUGAUGACCUUGAAGCUGAGGGAAAAGCGCCCGGGGUGCCCUCCAACAUCCACGCCUCCGAGGCCGACCGAACAUAUGUCGUGCUCAGCUGGACUCCACCUGCCUAUCAUGACCGCGCCCCCAUGUGGUACUACAUCGAGAAGACUCUGGUGGGAAGCGGUGCUUGGCAGAGGGUGAAUACUCAAGUGCCAGUGAGAUCCCCCCGGUACGCCGUGUUUGACUUGGCCGAGGGCAAAGAGUACCAGUUCCGAGCACUGUCGGCCAACAUGUACGGCACCAGCGCACCUUCUGAGCCCUCCAAGCCUAUUCAGACCCAGGAGCUCAAGGGUGUGCCGUCCGCUCCGGGUCAGGUCGUCGCCACCAGGGAAACUGAUACCUCGGUCCUCAUUCAGUGGGCCCCUCCAAAAGAGCCCAACAACCUCAUCGGGUAUUAUAUCGACUCGUGCGUCAAGGGAUCCAAGGACUGGGCUUCAGCCAAUCACAAGCCAAACAAGAAAACCAAGUUCGUGGUUCAAGGCCUGACUACUGGUGAGACUUAUGUGUUCCGUGUUCAAGCCAUCAAUGAGCUGGGGCUUAGUGAUGAAUCCCAGGAGUCAGCCCCCAUCCUUGUGCGUGCAGCUCUCAAAACACCAUCUGCUCCUUACGACAUCUGUCUGCUGAGCUGUGAUGGAACUUCCAUGGUUCUGAACUGGAAGCGUCCUUUGAAGUCAGGUGGUGCGAAAGUUAGUGAGUAUUACAUCGACAAGAGCAACCUGGCCAAGAACGUCUGGCAGGAAGUGAACAUCCCCCCUAUCACAGAGAGAAUUUACAAGGUUGAGAAUUUGACCGCGGGUGCGUCUUACAAAUUCAGGAUUUACGGGCAGAGUCUUGCUGGACUUGGCGCUGCCUCCAAACCCAGCAGUACCUUCCAGUGUACCGCCUGGAAGAUGGCAGAGCCAGGUCCUCCAUAUGACAUGACCUUCUGUGAGAUCAGGGACACCUCUCUGGUGGUGGAGUGGAAGGCUCCGGUGUACACUGGCGCCAGUGCCGUCACUGGCUACGUGGUGGAGUUCGCCAAGUCCGGCUCAAGCACGUGGACCGCCGCCAACGAAAAAGCCGUCAAUCACCGCUACGUCAAGGUGUCUGGCUUGGAGGCUGGCGCGUCCUACGUGUUCAGGGUGCGUGCGGAGAACGCAGAGGGCCUUGGCACGCCAUCAGGCCCCUCCGACCCAGUGAUUGCCAAGGCGCUGCCAGGCACCCAGGAGAUGAAGUGUGGUGUGGACGAGAACACAGGCGACGUUUAUCUGUCGUUCGAGAGUUGUCAGAUGACUGAGAAGACUGAGUUUGUGUGGAAGAAGUCCUACAAGCAGAUCACUGACUUCUCCAAGGGAGUUGUUGUGAAGACACAAGGCAGCACCUCAACACUGCUUUUCAAGAAUCCUGACAAGGAGGAUGUGGGAACAUUCUCAGUCGUUGCUACACAUACAGAUGGUGCCUCAGCCAGCUACAAAAUAUCUGCAGAAGAGAUGCAGAAAAUGCUGGCUCUGAGCUACGACAUCCGCAACCCAAUUAUUCCUAUGAAGGCAGAGAUGGCAUACAAGAUCCUGGAGAGGGGUCGCGUGCGCUUCUGGGUGCAGGCUGAGAGCAUCUCCUCUGCCGUGACCUACAAGUUCUUCGCCAACAACAAGGAGCUUGCCAACUGCCAGGAAACCAAGAUGAGCCAUGAUGCCGCGACUGGCGUCAUUGAGAUGAUUUGGGACCAUUUCACAGAGGAGAGCGAGGGCACCUUCACUGUUCAGAUCCAGGACGGCAAGGCCAAGGCCCAGUCCUCCCUGGUGCUUAUUGGCGAUGCUUUCAAGGCUGCCUUGGCCGAGGCUGAAUAUCAGAGAAAGGAGUACAUCAGAGUCAAGGAAGGUCCCCAUUUCAGCGAGUUCCUCUCUGUUCACGUCGGCGAUGACUGCUCCGUCUCCCUCGUUUGCAAGGUGGCUAAUCUAAAGAAGGAGUCCGUCUUCCACUGGUCUAAGGACGGCGCCGAAAUCGUCCCUGAUGUGCCGGCAGACCUAACAUCUGGAGUGUGCAAGCUCCCCCUCGCCUUGUUCUCCAAGAAAAAUGUUGGCGUUUACAAGGCUUCUAUCAGUGAUGACAGAGGAAAAGACGAGUCUCACAUCAACAUCUCUGGUGAAGCUUUUGAUAAUGUCAUCAAUGACCUAACUCGUCUGGCUGGAUCUUCUGCGGCCGAGCUGAACGUCCACAGCACUGCUGAGGGCAUCAUGCUCCAGUGCCGCAUGAAGUACUACACAGAGGAGAUGAAAAUCCAGUGGCUGCAAAAGGACACCAAACUGUCUGCCUCUGAGAGACUUAGAAUUGGCGGCACCCCAGCCAUGGCAUCCUUAGAGAUUGUCGAGCCUGUUGACAAGGACAAGGGUGUUUAUCACAUUCAGAUUACAGACGCUGAGAAGACAUAUACUCGUACCAUGGACUUCUCUGGACAACUCUAUGAUAACGCCUAUGCAGAAUUCCAGAGACUCAAAGCCGAGGCAUAUGCUGAAAAGAAUCGUGGUAAGGUCUGUGGUGGUCUCCCAGAUGUGGUCACCAUCAUGGAGAAGAAGACUCUCAGCCUGACCUGCACAGUGUGCGGAGACCCCAAGCCACAGGUCAGCUGGUGCAAGAAUGACCAGGAAGUGGAGCCCGGCGACCAGUACGUCAUCUCCAUUGACUCUGGCAAGUUCGCCAGCCUCACCAUAAAAGGCGUGAGCAUGGAGGAUUCCGGCAAGUAUACCAUGACCGUGCAGAACAAGUACGGCGGCGAGACAGUGGACGUCAUCGUGAGCGUCUACAAGCAUGGAGACAAGAUUCCGGACAUGAAACCCGUGCCCAUGGCCAGGAGGAUCCUGCCACCCGUUCUCCCCAUUGUGAUCCCCACUCCCAAGUCCGCCACCCCCAGCCCAGCCCCGCAAUCCGCCAAGUCUCCCACCCCACCCAUCAGCCCCAAGUCCCCCACCCCUGGUCGCAGCACCCCAAGGAGAAAGUAAUCUAACGCAGAAUAAAAAAUAAUCUGAAUUUAAAACAAUGAAGGAAUAAAAGGAAAUACUGAUGCAAAGAGGUGA